CUAAACUAUGUAAACUAUGCUUGAAUAGCAAUGUUUUUGUCGUAAGAUUCAGUGUAUUUAUUUCUUGUGUUUUCAGUGAUUAAGUGCGUAACCACGUAUCAUGUUUAAAAUAAGUCUUUAUUUCAAUUACUUGUAAAUCGUUAAUAAAAAUAAACAUAACCCCACCGCGGCCAAACCAAACCUGUUAAGAAACGUUGGCUCAGUUUAGUAAUUUAAUUGCUGUGCUAAGAGAAAAUUGAUUAUCCUGAAACGAUUUUAUUAAUUCAAUUUAUAAGGAACCGUAAUCUAAAAAAAUAGUGUUAGGCCUAAGUUAUAAGGUAGGCCUAGUAUUGGUUUAAAAAGUUACUUACUUCGUAGCAAUGGGGAAAAGGUACUUUUGUGACUAUUGUGAUAAAACCUUUAUUGAUGAUCCAGAAUCACGAAGAAAACACAUUCAAGGCAUAGGCCAUAUCCGAAAUAGGAAUAAUCAUUACAAAAAGUUUAAAGAUGUAAAAGCAAUAUAUGAGGAGGAAUCAGCUAAAGAAGAAUGUCGAAGAUUUAGGCAAACUGGUCAGUGUCAGUUCAACGAGAAUUGUAACUUUACUCAUUAUUCCAAAGAAGAUUUACAACUUAUGAAGAACGAAAUAGAAAAGGCUGAAUUAAAAAGUAAAAGCUAUUCUAAUAUCCAAGAAGCAUCACUUGAAGAUUGGUUAGCGAAGCGUAGAACCAAAAGUGAAACUACAACGUCACAGCUCAAUAAGGAUAGACAGUUGACAAUGAAACCCUCGACAUCAUCUUAUUCUAAUCACAGCCAGCUCCCAAUAUCUUUACAGCCUGUAACUGAAGAUCAAAUUUUCCAGUCUGAUGUUGAGUUUACAGAAUGGGGCUAAAAUUAGAAAUUAGAAUUAGUAAGUUAGUUCUACUUUUUUGGACAAUACAGGCCCUAAACCAGGGAAAGUCUUAGGACGCACAUUUAUUUAUAAAAAGUGAGUAGGCCUAAGUUUAAACAUAGGCUAACAUUUUCAAAUUAUGUGGCUAGUUAUUCUUAUCCGAGGGUUAUACAUCUAGAGUAUUUCACCAUGAAUUAAAUUACCAAACACCAAUUCGGUGUUUUCAACAAGUCAAUCAACUCAGUCAUCCAGUGAAUUUUUGUUACAGACAUUUUAUUUUGUGUUGUUUAUGUUCUGUAUUGUGUCAUAGACUAAGUUAUGAAUAUUGUACGCCUACGAUACAAAUUCAUAAUGAAUUCAAAGACAGAAGAUGAAAUGCCGUAGUUUACAUUUUUACAGAUUGAAGAUGUACCUAACUUAGCAGCAUAUAAAACAGUUGUUUUAUUCACGGCCUAACAAGGGACUGAUAGUUUU